UUUCAAUGGAUUAUUUGAAACCUGUAUUGGGCACAGCCAAUUUUUAUCCGAUUAAUGUCAACUCAAUCAUCCCAGAUGGAAUUGUACGUGAGAGACGUCAGUUUUUCGUUUCAAAUGAUAUGAACAUGACGAACGUUAAUGGUGAUAGUCAGAAAUUCGAAGGUUACACUCAUAAAAGUGGUCUGGAUUUUUACUCGCCAGGAAAUAAUAGAAACAAAAUAUAUCCAACGGUCAACGCCAGAACACCAAUGAGACCGGCAAUUGUCUACGUUGGAACUGUCAGUUCUUAUGAAAACUACAAAAGUCCAAUAUCUGACUAUCAAAACGAGAAAAAUCACCCAUCAUUCGUCGUUACAGUAAGAUCUCAUCCGCCUUACCAAGGUACGUAUUUCUAUUUACCUCAAAUCUAGCAGCAUGGGUGGACGGAAGUUAGUUUUGGAAAAUCUACUAAAUGACCUAUUGCGCAAUGUUGUUUCAAUUUUUUUUCAUUAAAAAUUAGUGUCAAUAUACAUAUAGAAAAUUAUUUGAUCUACCUGAAAAUAUCAACCAUUUCAGCUGAAACACUUGGGAAAAUUCUCAUAAAUGACCUAAAAGUGCGCCUAGUGAUUGCACCGAAAGACUUUCCCUUUUGACAGGGCGUCGUUUAGAUCCUUAGUUUUUUUUUGCUUGACUAUGAGUGUAAAACAAUUUUAAAAGUUGUCAAAUAUUAUUGCAGACACUGGGCAAAAUCGUUGGUAUCGCGAAGUGCGACAUGAUGCCAAUUAUGAUGCACCGACGUUGUCAGUGAAAUCAAAAAGUUAUCUGCAAUAUCAACAUGGAAAUUACUCGCCUGUCAAGCUAUGGAAUGAUAUGGAUCACGAUUCUCGGAACUUUGAGAAAAUGAGUAUUACUUCCUCCAGGCGAGCUUCAGACGAUCAUUCGAGUACAAUGAGCGGGAGCUCUGAGAUAAUGUCAAUGCAUGACCAAAUUGUUCGUUUUUCUGCAAGUUCUUCUGCUCCAGAAGACACGACUACAAACUCUUUGAUGGCAGAAAAAGAGGCGAGUCUUGUUGUGAGACUCGAACAAGAACUCACACAAGCUCAAAUCUGCAACCAUCGUCUGAAUCAACAACUUAAAGUUCUUGCAAAUAGUAGUGACAAGGCAAUUAAAAUUGAGUUGGCUAAUGCAAAGAAACAAAUAAAAGAGCGUGUCAAUGACGUUGAGCAGUUGAAAAAGCAAGUUUCGAAAUUGACAACAGAGCGUACAAUGUGGUUAUCAAAACAACAACCUCAUGAUGUAAACGCUCUAUUGGCGGAAAAACAAGAGCUCCGAAAACAAUUGGACAGAGAGCAAAAUGAGAAACAGGAACUCUUCAUGCAGAUCAACUCCAUGAUCGCAAAAUUGGCGGAUUCUGGGGAUCAAGAUGAGAUUAAUCGAUUGAAAUCGGAUGUGAACUCAUUGAAACGGGAGCUUGAAGCCGAGAAAAUUGCAUCAAAUGCAGAGGCGGCAAGGUUGAAAUCAGAGUUGCAAAAGGCUAAAAAUGAGAUUCAAGACUCAAUAAAAGAUGGAGACAGUGAAAAAGAUGCCAUGGAGCAAGAAAUCGAGAAUCUGCAAAGGCAGCUGAAUAUCAAAACAGCUUCAUUACAGUCGUUGAUGCUUGCUAAAUCAGAUUCAAGUAAAACCGACAAGCUCAGUGAAGAAAAUGAGACUUUGAAACUGAAAGUUGAAGAUCUGCAAAAACAAGUUUCAAGUUUCAUGUCGCAAAUGCAGGACAAGAACUCGGAAAUUCAGAAAAUGAAAGACGCCAUUUCCGUAAACGAUGUAUCUCGCCAAAAUAUGGAUUCAUUGAGUGAAAAACUAUCAGAAAUGGAUCGAACUCUCCGGGAAGAACAGCAACAAAAAUCACAAUUGAGAUCUCAAACGGAAACUUUAAAAAAUGCAUUAUCAACUUCUGAGUCAACACUUUCAAUGUUGAAGGAUAAACUUGCACAGUUUGAGCAAAAUGCGUUGGACCUGAAAAAUGAAAAUGCUCAGAUGAAAACUUCUACGAGGGAAUCAAUUUUGUUCGAAAGUGGAAGAAUCAAGGAAUUACAACAGGCCUUGAGCGAUGAAAAAGACAAUAAUGCAAUUUUAAAUGUUCAGCUGAGGGAGAAAGAUGGGAAGAUUGAUAGGAUACAAGUCGACCUUCUGGCAGCCGAAUCUCGUGCUCAACAAGCCGAGGAGGAUGUUCGUGAUAUGAAAGAGCGAAUUAUUACUUCGAAGAAAGAUGAUGAUUCCAAUAAUCUACUCCAGGACGAGCUCAGGAGGACAGAGGAGAAAUAUCAGCAGGCUCAGAAAAAGAUUGAGAAUUUGGACGAAACGAUAAAGCAGCAAGAAACUCAAAUUAGAGAUCUUGGACGAUCUUUGGAUGAAGCGAAAAGGCAAUUGCAGAAGAUGAGUGAACAGCGGCAAAAUGAAGAAGUUGCUCGACAAGGCGAAGAUAGUGCUAGGAGCAUGGAAGAGAAGGCAACAAAAGAGGAAAUCAAGAAACUGAAAUCUCAAGUCCAGCUCCAACAGCAACUGGAACAAGAUCUGGAACUUCAAAAGAAACGUGUUCAAGAGCUCACUGAACAACGAAAAGUUUUGGAAUCAAAAGCCUCUGUAGCAGAUGAAUUUGGCACUUUGAUGAGCUCCCUGAACUCUUUGAGAGAAGAAAAUCGGCAAUACGAAGAGGAAACAAGAUCCCUUCAAACAAAUAUUCGAACUCUCCAAGAUGAAGUCUAUCAACAUCAAGACGCGAUUACAGAAUGGAAGAAUCGAGCUGAAAAAGCGGAAGAGUACAUUGAAAAGGAAAAUCAUCGUGUUCAGAAUGCUUCUUCUUCGCAUGACGCUGACAUUACAAGACUAGAAAAUGAAAAAACACAGAUGGAAGAAGCAUUAGAAAAAGCCGAUCAAGAGAAGGAUCAGGCAAUUCGAGAAGCUUCAGAAUCUGUCCGAGUUAUGAAGAGAGAAAUGACAGAAGCAUCUAUCACAUCUGACAGACAGAUUCAGUCAUUGAAAGAGAAGGUUGACAGUUUGACAAGAGAGUUGGAGUCAUCGAGAAGAAGAAUGGAACAGCUCCAAGAAGAUCAAACCAAAUUCCUGGGAUCACACGAUGAGACAAAAGCGGAAAUGAUGAAGGAUUUGCAUGAGGCACAAGAUGAAAUUGAGAAGUUGACUAACCAAGCUGGGCAGUUGAAAUCAAAGAAUGAAACUUUAACAACUGAGUUGGAAGACUCCCAAAACCUCUGUGAGAGAUUAAAGGCUCAAUAUGAAAAGGCUGAUAAAAAAUAUGAAGAAACAAAAGUUCAAUUGCGUGAGGCAGAAGAUCUUGCGGAUCGUCUACAAGCAGCUCAGAUUCUAAGCGGAAACGUGGAGUCCAAAUUUUCUGAUAUGCAAAAAGAGAGUAAAAUCGAAAUGGAGAGAAUCCUGGAUAAUCAUAAUAAGGAGUUGGAGAAGUUGAGGGAAGAAUUGAAAAAGAGCCAUACUGAGCAUACAUCUUUGGAAUCAGUUUUGGAAGAGCAACAAAAUGAAUUGGCACAAUUGCAAGAUCAAUUACGAGAAGAGAAGGAGCAAAGUUCGAAUUUGUUAGUUUUGAAUCAGAAAAUUGAAAAAUCGGAGAAAGAGAAAGAAAGGCUAGAGGAACAAAUCCGGUCACAUACAUCGCAGAACUCUGACACUUCAAAGACAAUAUCGGAUCUUGAAGACAAAAUUUCCGAGUUGCUAAAGACCAAUGACUUAUUGGCUUUGGACGUUCAGAAAUUGUCAAAAUCCUUAGAUUCCAAAGAUCAACAGCUGAAGGAAGCAGAGGAUGAGAAAAAUCUGAUGUUAGAAGAGGUUCAAGCUCUACAAAAUGCUACUCCAUCAGAUAGUGCUGAAAUUGCUGAAUUAACAACGGAGAAUGCUCGUCUUGCCGGCGAGCUUCUGAAAUCGCACAGUGCAGCUGAAAGAUCAUUGCAAAUGGAGAAAGAAAAGAUUUCUAAGCAAUUCGAGGAAAGGCUUAAAACAGCAAAUCUUGAAAAGACACGCCUUGCUUCAGAAUUGCAAAUGGCCGAUUCCAGAAAGAAUACCCUAGAGAAGCAAGUGGAUGAACUUCAAUCUCAAGUAGAAACCGCUGAGAGAAACCGUCGUCGUGAUCUUCAUCAAUUGGAUAUGGUACGAGAAGAAUUGCAUCAAGUGAAGAACGACAAUGAAAAACUAAAAUCGUCUACACCAAUUGCUCCACCUAGAUCCAAUACAAGAACAAUUUCCAAUAUGUCAGCUAUGACCAACUGGACACAAGCUGAUUUCAGCGAAUGUGAAGAUUUGACAAGGCUACGGACGGAAAUUGACAAACAAAAACGGCUGAUAAUAGUUCUUCGACGCAAGCUUCAAGGACUUCAGCAGUAAAAUUCUUUUUAUUUCUCAUUUUUUAAAUUAAUGUUAUAGAGAUUUUUUUUUUCAUUAUAAUUAUUGUGAUUCUUUUCGGGUUGUUCUUUUCUAUUUUCUGUGAUUUUUUUUCUUAUUCCUAGUGCUUCUUUUAUAUUACUUAUCAAUUCCUUUACCAUUCACAAAGUGCCUUACCAAAAAUUCACAUCAAUGCUCAUUUUGUUGUUCCAAUGGUUCUCUGAAAAAUCUGAACCAUCCUGAAUUAUAGCGACAUUUCUUUUCUUUUCUGUGGGUCUUGCCUUCUUGUUUUACCAGUCUCCAGUU